CGCGUUUUGGCUCAAGGAAAGGUCUGGCGCCAGCGCGCCCGCUCAGGCAACGGACCAGAAGCUGGCAAACCGGCCGCCUCAUCUCUCGACCGCCAUGGCGGAGUCCAAGGUCAAGGACAUGGGCCUGGCCGAGUUCGGCCGCAAAGAGCUCAGCCUGGCGGAGCACGAGAUGCCAGGCCUGAUGGCGGCCCGCAAGGAGUUCGGCCCGAAGCAGCCCUUCAAGGGGAUGAACAUCAACGGGUCUCUGCACAUGACUAUCCAGACCGGCGUCCUUAUCGAGACCCUACAUGCGCUUGGGGCUAAGGUGCGUUGGUGCUCCUGCAACAUCUUCAGCACCCAAGACCACGCGGCGGCGGCCAUCGCGAAGGCGGAGACAUCUACGGUGUUCGCAUGGAAGGGUGAGACCCUGCAGGAGUACUGGUGGUGUACCGAGCAGAUGAUGACAGUGCCAGGCGCGGACGGCUGCGACCAGCUUGUCGACGACGGCGGCGACGCGACGCUGCUGAUCCACAAGGGCAAGGAGUUCGAGGAAAAAUUCGCGAAGGACGGAUCUCUGCCCGAUCCUGCCAGCACGGACAACGCAGAAUUCAAGUGCAUUUUGCAGUUGUUGCGAGAUUCCAUCCCGGCCGACAAGACGAAGUACACGCGCAUGGCCGCGAAGUGCAAGGGUGUCAGCGAGGAGACCACCACUGGCGUCCACCGGCUGAAGGAAAUGGCUGCGAAGGGCGAGCUUUUGUUCCCAGCAAUCAACGUGAACGAUUGCGUGACCAAGUCCAAGUUCGACAAUGUCUACGGGUGCAGGCAUUCGCUGCCAGAUGGCAUCAUGCGUGCCACGGACGUGAUGAUCGGGGGCAAACGUGCGCUGAUCUGUGGUUAUGGUGAUGUGGGCAAGGGUUGCGCGUUCGCCAUGCGCGGUGCUGGAGCCAGGGUGUUGAUCACUGAGUGUGACCCCAUUUGUGCGCUCCAGGCAUGCAUGGAGGGCUUCCAAGUGGUUACGAUGGAGAGUGUCGUCAGCGAGAUCGACAUCUUCACGACGACCACAGGCAACUUCAAGAUUAUCACGCUGGAACACAUGAAGAAGAUGAAGAACAACGCCAUUGUCGGCAACAUCGGCCACUUCGACAACGAGAUCGAGAUGGAAAAUCUGGAGAAGUUCGCAGGCAUCAAGGUGGAGAACAUCAAGCCGCAGGUUGACCGCUACGUCUUCCCAGACGGGCACGGCAUCAUCGUCCUGGCAGCUGGGCGGCUACUCAACCUCGGCUGCGCCACUGGACACCCGUCCUUCGUGAUGUCCUGCUCGUUCACGAACCAGGUUCUCGCGCAGAUUGACCUGCUCACGGCGAAGGAGAAGGGCUACAAGAACAACGUGUACCUCCUCCCGAAAGACCUCGACGAGAAGGUUGCAAGCUUGCACCUGCCGGCGCUCGGUGCCCAGCUUACGACCCUCACGAAGGAGCAGGCCGACUACAUCGGUGUGAAGGUCACUGGCCCCUUCAAGCCCGACACCUACCGGUACUAGUAUGCUGAGCAGCGGGUUUCUUUCCCAGGCCGAGGUCAUCUAGUGAUUUGUUUGCAACCUAGAUUUUGAAGAUUCUUCGUUUUGAUGUCCACCUAGGGCCGAUAGUUACCACAGCGUCAUCGUCCGCCUGAGUCGAUGGAUCCUGAGGCAGGCUGUUCGUGCCGCAUUGAUGAGCAGAGGGGUAUCUUGUCGUUAUACCGAUGGGUUCGAUGAUAAAAAAGAAACGUCCCAAGGUACACUCUUGUUCAUCCUCUAUGAUUUGUCACAGUCCUAGGGCCCGAGACGUACCCUGGCUAGCCGG